CUCCCUUCAGAUUCAAUCAUCAGUCAGUCUACUACUAUGGGUUCUACUUCAUUGUUAUCUCUUCCUCUCAACAACAACAACAGGUCAAAGCCUCCCGCCGUCACAAUCAUCUUCAUCUCUCUCAUCCUCUCCGUCGCCGGAGCUUUUUCUUUUCUCUUAUUCUCAUCUUCUUCUUCCUCUUCCUCCAUCCAUACACACUCCAAACUCGCCCGUCCACUCACUAAACUGACUCACCCAGUCGUGAUUCUAAUUUCCUCAGAUGGUUUCCGAUUUGGAUAUCAGUACAAGACCUCAACUCCCAACAUUCACCGUUUAAUCAAUAACGGAACUGAAGCUAUCCAAGGUUUGAUUCCAGUCUUUCCAACCCUAACAUUUCCAAAUCACUAUUCUAUCGUAACUGGUUUAUACCCAUCUUUUCAUGGAAUCAUCAACAACCACUUCAUCGAUCCCCAAAAUGGCGACACUUUCACCAUGGCUAGCCACGAAUCCAAAUGGUGGCUAGGUCAGCCUCUAUGGGAAACUGUCACUAACCAUGGCUUAAAAGCCGCAACCUAUUUCUGGCCUGGUUCUGAAGUUAAAAAAGGUUCUUGGAACUGCCCUAAGAAUUUCUGCAUGCCCUAUAAUGGAUCUGUACCGUUUGAAGAUAGGGUUGAUACUGUAUUACAAUAUUUCGAUUUACCGAGUAAGGAAAUUCCAGUGUUCAUGACACUCUACUUUGAAGACCCUGAUCAUCAGGGUCAUCAAGUUGGUCCUGACGAUCCCUUAAUAACAGAAUCCGUCGCUAGAAUCGACAGCUUGAUUGGAAGAUUAAUCGACGGUCUCGAGAAGAGAGGAGUGUUUGAGGAAGUCACUGUGAUCAUGGUGGGUGAUCAUGGAAUGGUGGGAACUUGCGAUAAGAAGUUGAUAUUUCUACAAGAUUUGGCCAAAUGGAUCCAGAUUCCACAAGAUUGGAUCCACUCUUACAGUCCAGUGCUCGCGAUUCGACCUUCGACGGGUCAUGACCCGUCGGAUGUCGUGGCUAAGAUGAACGAAGGGCUGAGAUCAGGUCAAGUUAACAAUGGGAAGUACUUGAAAAUGUAUCUUAAAGAGGAUCUUCCUAGCAGGCUUCAAUAUUCGGCGAGCGAAAGAAUUCCCCCGAUAAUAGGAUUGGUGGAUGAGGGGUUUAAGGUGGAGACGAAGAACACGAAGAAACAGGAAUGUGGAGGAGCACAUGGAUAUGAUAAUGCUUUCUUCUCCAUGAGGACCAUCUUUAUUGCUCAUGGUCCUCAGAUUGCCAAGGGGAGAAAGGUUGAAUCUUUUGAAAAUGUUGAGAUUUAUAAUUUGGUCACUUCUAUUCUGAAUAUAGAAGGAGCUCCUAACAAUGGAACUGAAUCCUUUCCUAACUCCAUUCUAUUGCCUACUUAGGCUCUUCUACUAGCAACAUUUUCAGAUUAAUGUCUUUUUUUUUCAAGCAAGUGUUGUUUGCUUAUUUUCAUCAAUGAAUGUUUCCAUUCAA